AUGGGAGCUGUAUAUUUAGAUCAAGGCAAGCAUGAAGAAGCUAUUUCUAUGUAUGAGAAGUCGCUCAAAACUACAUUGUCAGUCUUAGAUCAUAAUCAUCCCCAUGUUGCCGUAUCAUAUAACAACAUAGGAGCUGUAUAUUCUAAUCAAGGCAAGCAUGAAGAGGCUAUUUCUAUGUAUGAAAAGUCACUCAAAAUUACAUCGUCAGUCUUAGGUCAUAAUCAUCCCGAUGUUGCUCGAUCAUAUAACAAUCUAGGAAAUGUGUAUGAUAAACAAGGCAAGCAUGAAGAGGCUAUUUCUAUGUAUGAGAAGUCAUUCAAAAUUCAGCUAUCAAAUCCUUGA